AUGGAGCGGAAGAGCCCAAGUGGGAAGAAGUUCCGCAGCAAACCACAGCUGGCACGGUACCUGGGCGGCUCCAUGGACCUGGGGGCCUUCGACUUCCGGACGGGCAAGAUGCUGAUGAGCAAGAUGAACAAGAGCCGGCAACGGGUGCGCUAUGACUCCUCCAACCAGGUCAAGGGCAAACCUGAUCUGAACACGGCCCUCCCUGUCAGGCAGACAGCAUCCAUCUUCAAGCAGCCAGUGACCAAGAUCACCAACCAUCCCAGCAACAAGGUGAAGAGUGACCCCCAGAAGGCUGUGGAGCAGCCCCGGCAGCUCUUCUGGGAGAAGAAGCUGAGUGGCCUGAAUGCCUUUGAUAUUGCUGAAGAGCUUGUGAAGACCAUGGACCUCCCUAAAGGUCUGCAAGGAGUGGGACCCGGCUGCACAGAUGAGACCCUGCUCUCUGCCAUAGCCAGCGCCUUGCACACCAGCACCAUGCCCAUCACUGGCCAGCUCUCAGCUGCCGUGGAGAAGAACCCUGGAGUAUGGCUCAACACAGCCCAGCCCCUCUGCAAGGCUUUCAUGGUGACUGAUGAGGACAUCAGGAAGCAGGAGGAACUGGUACAGCAGGUUCGCAAACGGCUGGAAGAGGCGCUGAUGGCUGACAUGCUGGCCCAUGUGGAGGAGCUGGCCCGGGAUGGUGAGGCGCCGCUGGACAAGCCAGGUGCGGAAGAGGAGGUGGAAGAUGAAGAGGAGGAGGAGGAGGAGCCUGAUCAAGACCAGGAAAUGGAGCACAUGUAG